GCCGAGCCGAGCCGAGCCUCCCCACCCCACAGGCCGCUGUCGCCGCGCUGGCCGGCCGGCCGGGCCCCGCACCCCAGGCGCCGACCCUCAGGCCCAGGCCGCCCACACCACACCAGACCAGACCCGACCCUCAGUGACAACAUGAAGCCCUAACUGCAAGAAACAAGGAAAAAAAACCUUAACGAAUGCCAAGUUUACCACAGUCUGCUGUCAGAAGUUGCCUGAAGUUGUUUCUCUGUUCAGUUUCCAGUGUUGAGAGUAGUUCUCCCAGAGUAUUGUAUCUGGGGGGAGGGGGUGGGUGGGUGGGGGUGUGAGGCAAAGAAGUAGGAGAAUAUUUUGCAAUCCCCCUCAUUCAAAAAAAAGAAUGUUUUGACAGAAAAGACACCAACUGUUUCAAAGACUACAGUCUUGCUGCCCGAACUGAAAACAUGUGACAUUCUCCUCUUGUGUUGGUGCCCGAAGAGAAGAGACCAUCGUGCAGGCUUGCGAUCAUGAUGUUCCGGGAUCAAGUUGGUGUGUUAGCUGGGUGGUUUAAGGGGUGGAAUGAAUGUGAACAGACUGUCGCCUUGCUGACUCUGCUGAAGAGGGUCAGUCGGACCCAGGCUCGAUUUCUUCAGAUUUGUUUGGAGCACUCGCUGGCCGAUUGCACCGAGAUCCACAUACUGGAGGGAGAGGCCAAUGAUGCUGCUUUCAUCAGUCAAUGGCAGCAAGACCCGAAGGAGAAGGUUGUUUCACAGUUGCUUUCCCAUCUCCCUCUACUUCAGCCUGGAAAUGUAGAGGCAAAGUCUGAGUACAUGAAACUGCUGCAGAAAGUGCUGGCUUACUCCAUCGAUAGCAAUCUAUUCAUAGAAGAGAGUAGGCAGCUCCUAUCCUAUGCACUAAUCCAUCCUGCAACCUCACUGGAUGACCGCAGUUCUCUUGCCUUGUGGCUAACUCACUUGGAGGAACGCAUGUCAAGCAACUACAGUUCGCCAAGCAUGGGCCGGGCAGACUCUAUUUACACAGGAGCGUACAACCAAAAUCAGAGACACAAUGUUGAAGACAAGCUAAAUGAAUGGCAGAACCGAGCGGAUAGCAGCAUGUGUGUCACUGUUCCUACUUGGCUGGACAAGCCAAUGACCUGUGAGAAUGGACAUUUGCCUCUGCAUACAUCUGUGUCAGUGCCAUCUGCAAUGAACAACAUUGGGAGCAAUAGCAGUACAGUUCUCCAAGGCCAAACUCAAACCAACCACAGUCCUCUGAAGCGCUCGGUUUCCCUCACUCCACCGAUCAAUAUGACAAACCAGUCUGUGGUCAGCGAGUGGAUGUCUCCAGAUGACCUGCGCAGCCGAGCAGUCUAUGCCCCAUCAGACCAUGCACCGCUCUCCCCUCAAAGCAGCAUAGCCUCCUCUGGAAGUGGGGGCAGUGAGCAGACAGAAGAACAGGGGUCAAGUCGCAACACUUUUCAGGAGGAGGGGAGUGGAAUGAAAGAUGUGCCCACUUGGUUAAAAAGCCUUCGGCUACACAAAUAUGCAUCGCUCUUCUCGCAGCUAACAUAUGAAGAGAUGAUGACCCUGACCGAACAUCAGCUGGAGUCUCAGAAUGUCACAAAGGGAGCGCGACAUAAAAUAGCUCUGAGCAUUCAGAAGCUACGUGAGCGGCAAGGUGUGCUGAAGUCAUUAGAAAAGGAUAUUCUUGAAGGAGGAAACCUGCGAAAUGCCCUUCAGGAGCUGCAACAAAUAAUUAUAACUCCUAUCAAAGCCUACACCCCACCUCAACUAACACUUAAAGAAGGGCACGACACAGAUUCCAGCAACUCCUCCAGCAGUGCAACUGGGCUGGGAACAGACAGCCGAACAACCAAAGCAGCUGCUGGGAAGGAAACGACACCUGAUGGUUUUCAGUCUCAGAUUGUGUCAACGUGUGAUGGAGAAUCCACAGCAGCCCCUGUGUCUGAAGGCGAUAUCCCUGGGCAGUUCACCAGGGUCAUGGGGAAAGUUUGUACUCAGCUGCUAGUGUCCAGACCCGAUGAAGAAAAUAUAAGCUCUUACUUGCAGCUCCUUGAGAAGUGCCUGGCACACGAGGCAUUUACUGAAACACAGAAGAAAAGACUCUUCUCAUGGAAGCAGCAGGUGUUUAAGCUGCUCAGGUCCUUUCCCAGAAAAGCCUUGUUGGAGAUGCCAGGUGUUCGCCAGAGAAGCUGGGGUUUUGGUCAGUCCAGUUCCCUUCCCACAGCCGGUUCUGUGGUUGGUGGCCUGAGCCGACGAGGCCAGCGGCCGUUCCAGGUACCUCCCCGAGGUCUCUCGGCAACCCGCAUGGGUCUGAUGGGCACGUCGGCUGCUAAUCUGGGUGGCGUUUCUCCACGCCAUACACUUAACCCACUGGCAAGCCAAGGCAGGCAGAACUUAUGGUUUGCCAACCCCGGUGGCAGUAACAGCAUGCCGAGUCAAAGCCGCAGCUCUGUACAACGGACAUACUCUCUACCUGUGCACACCUCCCCUCAAGCCAUCCUGAUGUUCCAGCAGUCGGAAUGUCAAGUGCCAGUGACAGAACCAGAGAUUAACACAAGACUGGAGUCUCUCUGCCUCAGUAUGACGGAGCAUGCCUUAGGAGAUGGAGUGGACAAGACGUCAACUAUUUAGUGUGCAGUACUUGGCUUGUGAACACUUAGAGAGACUGACGUUACACAACAGCUGCGGGCGGACAACGCCACUGAUGUUUGAGGGGCUCACUACAUCUUACAAUGUAUAUUUUCGCUGACCUUUAUUUAACCUCGGGGGAAUCAGACUGAUACCCAAACUACCUUCGGUCUGUUUUCCAUUAUAUUUUUUAUUUUAACUUUUUUUCAGUACCCAUCUGGUUAAAGGUUCAGCACCGGUACAAAAAUCAUUUAGCUCAACUUAAUUUAAAAGAAAACUGGGAACUAACAUGAAAUUAGUGAUUGACAGUGCGAUGUGCUGAGCAGUGCUCAUGACAAAGAGGAGAGACGGGAACUCUUGGGCGGAUGUUACAAUGGUCUUAACAGAAACCUGCACGUGUCGAUUACUGUGUGCUCAUGUAGGUCUGGCACCAAUGCAUGCAGUACUUGGCAGUCGUGCAGCUCUGGUGUUUACCUGUCUAUCACUAAUUUAAACUAAAAUCUCUGGUCAAGUGAUGAAAACAAGUUAACCAUUUAAGAAAGUUUAAACUAUAUAAGAGAUGUUCUGUUCUGAAGCACGCAUUACUCGAUAAAACACAAUGGUUGCAUUAGCAAAACUGCUCCAGCAUUUUCAUUUGAGGAGCUGCAAAGAAGAAUGGAAAAUUAACUGACAUUUUUCUGAGGUUAUCUCUGUUUGUGCUUGUAAUGAUGGCAAAAUACAUCUAGACAGCUCCAAAUUAGCACUGUUUGGACUGGGUUUACUCUUGUGCUUUGUGCUUGAUAUAUGUUUGCCCAAUUUCUACAUUGUGGAUCUAUAACAGGAGGCUAGUGUUUCCACUUCUUCCCAUCUGUACAGUCUCUCCGUGAUGCUUCCCCAGCCGGCCCCUCACAAUCUAGCCGAUGACUGGGAUUCUGAAGAAGGCGUUGACUCUUCUACCGUUGAUGGUGGUUUAGAGCUCACCUACGUUUAGUUUGCUUUGGAACUUCAUGAAGGUUAUCUUAAUCGUUUGGAAAAGGCUGGCUGAUUGGUUGGAACGCUGUGCAUGAAUGGAAAGCCUGGGGUACCAAGAGAUGGAAGCUCUGGUUGUCAUCUGGUCAAUUGGUCAAGUUUUAAACAGCAACAUUGAGCAUUGAUAAAGAGUUUAAAGACUGUCUUGGAACUAACCCUUCAGUAGUUGAACUAGCUGAAGGUUUUUGUCAAUGACUAAUAAGAAGACCGUUGCAAUCUGUUUAAAGCCUAAACCAGGGCGAUACAUCUUCUCCCCCCCCCCCCCCCCCCCCCCCCCCCCCUUCACUGCUCCUCACUGUAGUCUUCUUCCUCAUUGCACAAGACUGUGAGACCAAGAGUAGAAUAUCAUUACUUCCCUGAACUCGUGCUCCAGUAGCAGAAGAGCAGAAAGUUAUCGCAGCGCCCAGCUGAGCGUCUUGGUCCAUAGUUCCCUGCUGCAUCCAGUGCUGGGAACAGUCUGUAUUGAACAUCCGUUUAGAACAAUGAUGCCUGAUUUUGGAGCUGCCAGACCAGGUUUUAGGCUAGGUAAGCCAAUGCAAAUGCUGGCUUAUUGAACUGUGACAUGGCAGGAGAGACCAAUAGCUCCACUCUGGCACCCAGCAAGAGGCCUUGGGAGAGAGACAGACAAAGAGAGUGCAUUCACCAAAGUAUUAAAAAACUGACAAUUUCUACUCUCCGUGUUUACUGCCUAGAUGCAGAACAAUUUUGUAGUCAAGCGGGACAUGGCUAUUUCAUAUUUACAAGCGUCGUUCCUUUUUGGUGCCUUUCUUGCUUGAUGUGAGAUAUUUCAACCUGACUAAUGGGGACUGGGCUAGUUUUGGCAGUGGCUGUCCAGCUGUUAUCCAGAGGCACAGUAUCUCCCCUCAUUGAAGCCAAUGCAACAUCAGUACCAAUAGCAAACUACCCAAGCGUUCUUUUGUAAUGACGGUGCUUUCAGAACACGAUAUUUCUUUGAAAUAAUGUAAGGAAAGAUAACUUUUUUUUGUUGUUGAAAAAUUUAACAGAGCAAGAUUAUGGGGAGUCGUGUAUUUGUAACUCCCGGUUGCUUAGUUACAUUUAAGAGUUCAUGGGUCAUAAUUUUCUAGCAUGAGGCACAGAAUGGGGGAGGGGGGGGAAUGUGUAUGUUCAAAGAAAAAUGGUUUCAUGUAUAUAGUAAAUGUAUGUAUGGAAAAGUGAGAAUAAUUCUUGAAAGGGUUUCAGUGCUACAAGGGCCUGUUUAUAUGAAUCACAUUUUUUGCCUGGAGUCUUGUGGCUUCAGUAAAGGACUUUUAUGUGUUUACAUUUUAAGAGGGGGCAUGCAUAACACGGGCACGACUUUAAAUGACUUUGGCUUUCAAUGGUCCUGUCACACUGGUCAACAGAAUCGUUCCAGAUUUCUACCUGUGGUGAGAUUGCUCUCAAGCUGUCGUCUUGACGAGGCGUUUACAAGGGUAGGGGUGGUCACCUCCAUGAUGGGACCCUUGUUAACGAGAUGAUCAGUGACAUACGUGUCAAGGGGGAGAGAUGUGCGUGUGUCCCUGCUGGUGGACAUUCACUUUUCUUAAGAAAAAGGCUGCUGUGGGAUUGGAAAACCACAAUUCUAUUUCUGUCUCUUUCUCAAAUAAUCUCAACUAAUGCACUGGAAUGAGAGGCUACAUCAUCCUCACACUCUCCCUUUCCAACUUCUUGCUCUCGCUUUUGCAAAAUGAUUUGCUUUCUUGACUUCCAAAAUGAGCACUGGCAGAGAUUUGUGACUCUCCCUUAAAAUAUUGAAAAUAAAUUAACUUUGUACAGAAGAGAAUUCUGCGUAGUGUGAAGAAUCCAUGUUGGCUUUGUCCACUCGCCUCUCUCCCAGUACUAGGCUGCAGGAAUUGUGCUCUUGAUAAUGUUUAUACAACUAAUGCAUUGGGCACAUUUUAAAAUGGGGAUGGAUGACGGAGAGUUUGAGAGAGUUGGGCUCUUACACUAGUCGAGGCGCAUUGCAUAGAUGCUCCUUGUCUUUUCACUUCCGUGUAGACUUUGAGGUACAUUCAAAGGCUCCUUUCUUGUCGGUCCAAGAUACACCAGACAUUGGGCUUCCCUCUGAAGAAUACAAGGCUCAGUUUUCCCACUUCAUUAGCUACCUUGUCAUUCAGUGACAGUGAGACCCAUGCUGUGUGUUUUUGUCAUGAUUCUCUGACCAGUGCUGCGGUGGGAGAGGCUUGCUUCAUGACAAAGGUUUCCCACUGUGUUUGUGCUACCUCCACUAAUGAUAGUUGGGUACUGAAGUCACUUUGUUGCAUAGUUUGGUACUGGGAUAGCUGUAAUGCCAUGCCUACGCCUGGCUAUCUUUAAAUGGGCAAUUUAAUAAAUCUGUACAUUUUGGGCUGAAUCGGUGAUUUGGUGAAGAUUUCUGUUACUGUGUGGUUGGAAAUUUAGCUGGUUCCUGUGAGAGUGUCCAGUAUAAACCCGUGCAAGGCCGUCACUGUUCGGAUAGCUUUAUUUUAUCCUCUCCUCCUUACUCAUCCUAUGCCACUGCCCCUACACUGUAACCUGCCACAACAGUGAUGCUAUCUGGAACAGCACCUGGACUCCCAAUAUUCACCCUGUCUGAACUCUAAUCCAAUUCUGUCUCCUACAUCACUCAUCCCAGAAUCAAGUUACAGACCUGCUGCUAAUCCCAGGUUCAUCAAUUGUGUGGUCUGUUCCAACAGACUGGUCCACUGCCCUUGCUCGGCCUGACUUGUGUCCAGCCUCGUUCCACAGUUGGUCACAGGGCUGCACGAUCCUCAGCUGAGUUUCAAGACGAGGACAGAUGCCCCAUCCUUCCCACUCCCGAUUAAAAUACUUGUUGAUCAAUGUUUUGAUCAGUGGCAGGACUGUUCUCAAUGCAGGCUGUGGGGUUAGUACCAUUUGGGGUUCCUCUGUCCAGGCUGCUUUUGAAAGAUAUGAAAGUGCCAGGGUUGGUGAUUAGUGGGUUUUGUUACCUGACCCAGGUGACAGCUUAACACUGCAGUGCCCUCUCUAAUGAGGUGCUACCAAUGGCUAAUGUGCCUCAAGUUAUUUUUAUUUAGCACCUAUCUUUUUUAAAGUUGGAGUCUGAUGAAAGAUGGGCGCUCCUAUCUUGAGAAUUCCAUUUUUCGGUCAUUGAGGGUCACUGAGAGGUCCUGUAGCUGUCUGUUAAAUUAGAAUUAACCCAUCACCAUGCUAGAUUCAAUGCAGUCUGGGACAAUCUGUACCACUGCUGUUGCUUGUGUAUUGCUGGCCCCGUCCCAGCCACAUUGACCAGCCAGUCCUAUGUUAAGGAAUCUCCCCUUCUCCCACCCCACACUCAAAGCAAAAUAAGGAAUAGCUUUAUCAAUAACCCACAUUACCACCUCGUGUGUACUGGUGAGGUUGGGACAUUUUUCUUGGGUAUCUACAGCUGAUGAGGAUGCUACCAUGGCAACAGUAUCCUGUUUUUGUGUAACAUAAAAUUGGAGGCGAGAGUUGGGUGUAAAGGGGCAGGCCCCCCUUGUGCUUUAGUCCUGUUGAUACAUCUGUACAGCAUGUGUGUAACGUCCCUGUGCUUGGAGUGGACUGUAGAUCAAUGCCUGCAUGCAGUUGUGGAACUUGUCAACUUCUGCAACUACUCCAGUCUGUCUCCAUUUCAUACUUUGUGAAUCAACUAUUUGUGGCAACAUUUAGAUCAUUUAACUGAUCCAAUAAAAGACAAUAAACUGCUAAAAUAAAGCUAUUUGCAAACUGAUUACAAGCAGGGGGUUUGCUGAUUCCUGCUAUCCAAUUAGCAUUUUCCCAUCUAAUACACCGUCUGCCUUUUGGAAAUCAGUGCAUUGGUAUUUUACUGGGUUUUUUUACACAAUUCAAACACUUUAAACCCAUUAAAAAGAAUGAUUUGAACGUAUGAAGUCUAAAAGUUGAGAGUUGAAUAAAAUCAUACCACCAAGUUGUAAGUCAGUCUGAAGUGGAGUUGAAUUCCGUUGUGGACAGUAAAUGCUGGGCAGGGCUUGGAUCGAGGAACCAGGAUUAAAUAAUGUUGUGACUUGCAUUCAGUGGGCUGUGCCUGAAUGAAAUUGGUACUAAAGUGGACCCAGAUGUAUAGGGUUUCCAAGAGUGGACUGCAUAGUGGAUUACCCUGAAGUAUCCUUUAAUAGUGAGGACACUCGUGAAGAAUGAUCCUGCUUUGACUGUGGAGUGGCAGUGUUCUGUGCCUUUCUAGCUCGUUGUCAGGAGAUCUGGUGAAUGUGGACCCCAGCUCUACCCUUGGCACUAAGGUCUGCAGUGGAUCAAAGUCGACGGGAAUAUAAACCAAAGUCAUUUAAAGUUGGUUGUGUUUGAAGCUUCACCCUUUUUUUACAAGCUACGAUACAUGUUUAAAACACGUUAAGUAACCCUUUUUUCUAUUACACAAUUAUUAUUUUUAAAUGCCUUUGCAGCAGGUUUGCUUGCUCGUGUAAAAGGGAAGUUGUACUUCUCGAGACAGAGUUGGAAAGGGUUUGGGGGGGGGGGGGGGGGGGUUUGAUGUGUAAAGAAAUAGAGUGUUGAAGCAUCGUUGGGGCUGGCGUUGACACCUUGGGUUCUGCAGCAACUGGGUGUACGCUGCAGUCGGGCAGGGGAGAGGGGACAUUUAAUAGCCAAACUUUGGAAUAUGCCUGUUCCUCAAAUAUUUGCUUUUCCAAUACCGGAACAGACUCAUUCCUGGUUUCUAAGGGUUCACUUGUUCUUUCUCUUAGAACCUUGGCAAUUAAAAGUGCUGAGAAAUAUCCUUCUCUGGGAGGGCACUGCCUAAACUGUGGGGCCCUUUCCCUCCUGCAUGUUGCAUCAAAUGCUGGCAGGCUUCAUUUGUUGUAGUAUUGCCUACCACUCAUCUUGACAUCCCAUACGGAUAGAGUGGAGACCCAAUUUAAAGCUGCUCGUUCCAUCUUGUACAAGAGGCAGUAAUUGCACCCUGCCCGUCACUGGUGCAGUACCUAGGCUGCAGUGCCACUGAUUCCUGACGAAACAGAGAGCAGGUCUCCUGACUACCCUGUCGAUCUGUCUCCUCUCCUGGGAGUAGCUGGUUGGCUGCUGAAUGAAUAGGAUUGGGCCAGCCCAUCUGACACUUGCCACCUUGGCUUUCCAGCAAAGCUGCUCCAGCAGGAGUGAGAUGUCGAACCGUACUGUCCCAGUCAUGAAUAUUUGUUGUUGGACAUGGGGAGAGUUCACUUUUCACCAGAGUUUAAACGCAGUGAGGAUUGAAAGGCCUUGGUGGAAUAUGAAUUGAAAGGCACUCCACCCACCUGGUCAUUUGGAUUAAAAAUAAAUCUGGGCAAAUUGGGAAUUCUUUGCUCUUCCCUAUUCUGCAAUUUGACUCCACUUUUAAUCAUUUGCAAACUCUUCAAAGAAAUCCCCCUCUAUGCAGGCUGAAGCUCUUAAAGAAACCAGGAAUCUCUGCUCUGGUGGAAAGUUAUGACAUCCCUUUGUGUUCCGUCUGACGCCACAAAAAUAAUUUUCUUACUAAACAAUAAAUAUCCAAAAGUG